AUGGACACUCCUUGGGACUGUUUCUGGCUUUGGGUCCUGUCCAUAACAUCAGCCCCAGCUGAUCUCAAGACCGAAGGAAAUUCUGAACCCUGUGAACCUCGGGGACCCCCAGGCCCCCCAAGCCCUCCAGGCCCUUUGGGAAUAGCUGGUCCUCAAGGUCAUCCAGGAAAAAUGGGACAAAGAGGGUCACCUGGAGCUAUUGAGAGGUGCCCAUUGCCACCAAAAUCUGCUUUUUUCGCGAAGCUUAGUGAACCUCUCCCAAAGCCCUUCCAGCCCGUUGUUUUCAAGGAAGUCCUGUACAACCAGCAGGACCACAUUAAUCUGACCACUGGAGUGUUCAGCUGCACCACCCCUGGUGUGUACAAUUUUGCCUUUGACAAUGAGCUGUUUCAGAGAUCUGUGAAGAUAGGACUCAUGAGGAAUGGCAUCCAGGUCAGAUGGAAGCAAGCCCAAGCCAAAGACAGUCACAAACAUGCUUUGGGAACUGUCAUUGUGCAUCUGGAGAAGGAGGACAAGGUCUGGCUGGAAUCCAAGCUGAAUGAAGCAGAAUCUGAAAAAGGAACGACUCAAAUUAUGUUCUUUGGGUAUUUGCUUUAUGGAAAUUAA